CUGUGGUAUCGCGACCAAUCAGGAUCAGUGUAGUUUACGUUCAGUGUAGUUGAUAAAUGGUGGAUUUGUGUUUGUCAAGAUAGUUUUGUUUACGCGUUAAUUUUCACUCGGUAUCAACUUCUCGUGCGUUUUGUGUGUGAUAAGAGGUAGAUGAAGGUGCGUAACAGUUCCCUUCAGGUUUCCUAUUAAAUUUGAAAGGAUUUGAGAUGUCCCGCAGUCACAAUGAUAAGUAUGAAAACUCGAAUCCACGCCGUGCACAUACUUUCAUGUCGACAGAGGACGCAAACUCUGGGAAGAAAUCUUAUUGGCCGGAGUUGGAGAUAACAGGCAGUAUAAGAAACUUAAGCCCAAACUUAUGGCAAUUGACUCACCUGACAGCAUUGUAUCUGAACGACAAUAGCUUGCAAAGGAUACCAUGCGAGAUCGGUCAACUGGUCAACUUGCGUACUCUAGAUCUCAGUAGUAACAAAUUGCGCAGUUUGCCAGCAGAGCUGGGGGACCUCAUCUACCUCAGAGAGUUGUUAUUGAACCAAAACUAUCUUCGAGUGUUACCAUAUGAACUUGGGAAGUUAUUCCAGUUACAAGUCCUUGGACUGCAGGGGAAUCCCCUUAGCAAGGAAGUAAUGUCGCUGUACGGAGAACCUUCGGGGACGCACAAGCUGCUGUCGUACAUGCUGGACAACUUGCAAGUUACCGCAAAUCAUCCACCCCAGAGACCCUGGAUACCAUUGACGAGGCCAAAUAGGACGAGACCAACAUGUAUAUUCACUGUAAUGUGUUACAACGUGCUGUGCGACAAGUACGCGACGCGACAGAUGUACGGUUAUUGUCCUAGCUGGGCGCUCGAUUGGGAGUAUAGAAAAAAAGGAAUCCUCGACGAGAUACGGCAUUACGCCGCGGACAUCAUCAGCUUGCAGGAAGUCGAGACAGACCAAUUCUACAAUUUUUUCCUGCCGGAGCUCAAGCAGGACGGUUACGAUGGAAUCUUUUCUCCGAAAUCUCGGGCAAAAACCAUGGCAGAGAAUGACCGCAAAUACGUGGAUGGCUGCGCCAUUUUUUAUAGGACGGCAAAAUUUACCUUGAUAAAGGAACACUUAGUCGAAUUCAAUCAGUUGGCAAUGGCGAACGCGGAGGGCUCCGACAACAUGCUGAACAGAGUGAUGCCAAAAGAUAACAUCGGACUUGCCGCCCUCCUCAAGACAAAAGAAGCUGCUUGGGACAAUGGAGUUCCAUCAGACCCAGCGCAAGUUCAACAGCCAAUCUUAGUCUGCACAGCACACAUUCACUGGGAUCCAGAAUUCUGUGAUGUCAAAUUAAUUCAAACGAUGAUGCUCAGUAACGAACUGCGUUCCAUUCUGGACCAAGCUGGCCAGUCGUUCAGACUCGGUCACAAGACAGACUCUUCCAAUGUUCAAUUGUUACUUUGUGGAGACUUCAAUUCCUUACCUGAUUCUGGUGUAAUUGAAUUCCUCACAUCAGGGAGAGUAGCAGCUGACCACCGUGACUUUAAAGACUUGGCAUACAAAUCAUGUUUGCAGAAGAUCUCCGGAUGCGAUAAGCCUAAUGAGUUCACCCACUCGUUUAAGCUUGCAUCUGCCUAUAGCGAAGACAUCAUGCCCUACACUAACUACACAUUCGACUUCAAGGGCAUAAUAGACUACAUUUUUUACUCAAAACAGAGUAUGAUACCUUUGGGACUUCUGGGCCCUUUGAGUACAGACUGGUUCAGAGAACACAAAGUGGUCGGUUGUCCACAUCCUCAUGUUCCAUCUGAUCAUUUUCCAUUAUUGGUAGAGCUAGAGAUGACCCCGACAGUAGGCACAAGCAAUGGUUUGAUCUCGAGGAGGUAGCAGCAGCUGCGACCUAGGCCCAAGUAAUGAUAAGAAAAUAAUAAAGAAUAAAGAAAGAACCACCACAUUUUCUCUAACUUCUGGCUUUAGCAAUAUCACUCGCAGUCAACGACUACUCCAAUGGCGAAUCUUUCAAAUACUCCAUGUUAGCGCACAUUCAAGAUAUCAGAUAUCGAUGAAUAAUUCUAACGACCAGGUGAAGGGUGUUGUAAUGCGUUUAGCCCAUGUAUAGUGUAUUGCAUUUUUUAACACUUGACUUCCUCCCCCCCCCCCCCCAUCCCCUCCCCUCCCCCAUUAAGAGUAUUAUAAUCUCUAUUAUAAUAUGUAGAUACCUAUUUUCCUACAAAAAAAAAAAAAAACUAUUCUGAUCAAACCGCUGUGAUAUCGACAUUAACAAUUGGAACAAUUUCACAUAUUCAUUAAGAGAUUAGUGUCUAUCAGAAAUGGCCCGAUGUCCCCUCCUAAAUGUCAUUACAACAAUCUCCAAGCCAACUUUUUUGAUAAGAAUGCUGCCAUCCAACUUGAAGAGAAAUUGUAUUUUUAAACAAAAGAAAAUGAAAAAAAUAAUGAAAACAAAACAUACACGCUAUACUGGGCUGUGCGAAGUGAUUGGAGUUGACUUAACAAUUUCAAUGCAAGUACAAAUCUGUUCUUAUUGGCCACGUAUAUAUUGAUAAUUAUAAUGUUACAUGAAGAUAUAGAUGAUAUAGUGAGUGUAUUUGUGAGUAUGAUGUUCAUCAAUCAUUGUGAAAAUCAGUCAACAUUCACUCGUUAGAUUCUGUUCAGGAUGUAUCACCAUACUACUUGGUAAUUCAGUUGCAAUGAAUUUGUAUAUGUUGCCCAAUAUUGUUUCCUAUCUAUUUCUCUCUUGAGUAGUUGUUUUUGGUGCAAUAGAAACUAAUUAAUUGAGAUUACAUAAAAAAAGUGUUGAUUGUAAAAUUUAGAUUAACAUUGCAAUGGUAUAAUUACUUUCCUGAACUGAUUAAUCUAAUUUAGAAACGUAUGAACAAAGCAAGCAAAUCUAUAUUCAUUUUUUCUCCACAGAAACUUUAUUUAUAUCGAUGACGAUAGACGAAUCAACUAUUUUAUUAUGUAAUUCAUUGUUCAAAUUUAUUUAUAUCUCAAAAUAAUAUAACAUUCUACUAAUUGUAUUAUAAAUAUUAUCCAAUUUUUUAGCGAGAAUAAUUAAAUAAUGAUAUUUAUAAGAGCAAAAUCCGCCUACAGGUUUGCCAACCUAUAGACGAUUAUUUUCUUAUUUUCUUGUCAAUUGAAUCGAAUAAUAGAGAGAGUCUUUAUAGAGUUUGUCGUAUCAAGCAUAAUACUUUUAAUUUGUAUUCAUUUGAAAGCGAUACAUAUAUGUACAAAAUUACUUAACCUAAAUUCAAACAUUAUAAAGGUUGGUAAUAUUUUUAAACGGCACUACCACUAGCCUACAUAAUGUUUAUUGUAGAUAAUAAAUGUGAUAAAUGUAAAACGAGCUUGCAUUCAAUUAAUACUUGACAAAAGCAACUGAAUUUUACAAGUAGUAUGCGAAUAGUUAAUUAGAGACACGUGUGUAGUAAAUGUUGUAUAAAGUAGAUAAUUAUAGUUUUAAUUAAUGAAAAUAGAAGUGGCAAUCUCUAUUUGUAUAUACAUUCACACACAUAUAUAUUAUCCGCAAACCAUAAUUAUCACACUAUAAAUGAACAAUAAAUACAUGAGAUACUCUAAGCGAUAAAUCAUAAUUUUUAGGCCUACGUUGAAGUCUCGCGUUAUAUAUACUUAAUGUGGUUUGAAACACUCGAAACUUAAUGUUCUGUUUUAUCUUACUAUGAAUAAGACAAUGGUUCACGCGAUGAAAUCAUUUUGAUAAUUCUUUGUUGAACAACAUCUCUGUCAAAUAUUUCAAAUUCAUGUACUUCUCUUUUUAAUUUAUAUAUUAACAUAGUACAAAUAAAUUAUACAUUAUUUUUCAGAUAAUGUGGAAUAAAAAUUUAGAAUUACAGUU